AUGGCCGACAAAGACGAAGGGUCCCUCUCCAAUGGUCCACAAAUAAGGAGAGGAAUCCAAUCACAACUGUCCAACGUGGGUUUCGCCUGUGACUACACCUUCCUCGUGUCGGGUCUCGCCGUCUCUAAAAUCGACGUUGACUACACCUUCAUGAUCGCCCCCGUCUACAUAAUUGAGAUCUCCUCUGUCUUCUCCCGUGGCUUCUUUACCUCCUUCCCUGAGGGAAAAAUGAAAAUUAGAAAGGCGAUUGUCUUUUUAUACAUCGUUUCACUAGUUCAGGUGUUCUUCAAUGUCGGCACCAUGUUGGCUACGUCUCCAUCUACACCUUCUCCAAGCUCCACUUCAACCUCGGGUGUUGUGUCAAGCUUAGUAUGGGAGCAAUCUCCUUGGUCCUACUCGUGGUCCUUGUCAAGUCGAAAUUCCCGGUGGCUCAUCUUGCAAGGUUGCUUAGGCGACACAAAGCACUUCCUCGCUAGGACCUUCGACUCUAAGAAGGAGGCCGCACUACGGCUCGCUAACAUUAAUGAGGCUUCCGACUUCCCUAAGGAGUGCAACGAGGAUGUUGUUAAGAUCACCAAGCAAAGUGCCGAGGAGGGCAUGUGGCGAGAGGACGUGUGGCGGGAUCUUACUCUCCAACUGACCCGUCUAUCCGCCACAUGCUUAUAUGCAUCGUUGGGAUCCAUUUCUUUCAACUGGUCUGUCAUAUUGACACCAUCCUCUUAA